UUGAAGCUUCGCUUGAUUCUAGAAAGCAAGGCUGCGGCAGACGAGAAUGGUAAGAUCUCGGAGUUUACCAUAUUGGUAAGUACUUGUUGGUACACGCUAGAAAUCACUCUUGCUGAUGCCGGCUUGCUUCAGGUCCUCUACCCUCCCGCACUUGCAGUAGCGAUAUUCAGCAUGCAGAAGUCUGCAGUACCAUUUGAUUUAACUCCUCAAGCUUUUGCCUUUGCUCUUGUCGUCCUUUUCAUCAUGGUGUACGUCAUUCGAUUUGUAGGCAGGCAUGUUUUGCCACAUUUCAGAGUACUUCAAGAAAUUUCGGCCGCGUGGCUCAAGAACAGGAACCUGAAUGGUAAGGCUCAUGCAGUUGCUGACAUCGAACUUGGAGAGAUUGUGGCAGAUGUCAGUGCAGAUAGAAUCGUGGUUGGUGAGGAGACGAAUAACUCUAGGUCAUGA